CUUUUAGCCUUUCGUUGUUCUUCGACUUCUCCUCGACACGCCUUCCUGUCUGAUCUGAAAUCAAACCUCCUCGCCGUUCGUCUGUUCGAUCGGAAGUAAGGACGACGACGGGAGCUUGCUCGUUGCGAAGGUAGCCAUGUUUCUUUCGUUCGCGCGCUUCUUCGGCCAAAUCCCGUAAAUACGCCGAACUCCGGCUAAAAGAUCGAAACGGAGUAUUUAACUCGCUGUGAGAUUUGACGGUUCCCUAUAUCCUGUUUGGCAGGAUUUAGCUGCAUAAAUCCUGUAUCCAAACAGCCCCUUAAAUUAAAUCUUGCCUAAAUCCUGCUUAAGGCCUGCCACCAAACAGUCCCCAAACAAUGGAAGCAGAAGCGGUGACUAUCUCGAGGAAACGGAAGCCUAAGCAUGUAAAAUCCAACAAAAACCGCAAGAAGAUGAAGUCAUACGGUGGCGCUUCGCUGAAGCCGAAAAAACCUAGCUUGAAGAUGAUCAAGCUUUUCCAAAGGAGGGCCAAAGCAUAUAAUUCUGAUGAAGACGAAACGGGAGAAGAUGAUUUGGGUUUGAAACAAGAAGAUUCCAGCGAAGAGGAAGAUCCAAGGGGAUUGGAUGAUUCGAAGGGAGAUGGUGGAUCCGAGACCGAAGAGGACGGUGAAGGUUCUGGGCAUCGACAGGGGAUUACGAAGUUUACCGAAGGCUGUCGUGCUUUUAAAGUGGCUUUCAUGAACAUUAUGAAGAAGAAUCUCACGAACGAUCCAUUGGGACCAGUUUUAUCUGCGCAUAAGAAGCUGCUUACUGAGAAGCUAGCAGAAGAGGAAGCUGAGCAAAAGGCAAAGGGUGAGGUUAAAAAGGAGAAACACAUGAUUGCAGAAAAGGGACACAUAAAACCGUUAGGAGUCCUUGAUGCAAAGGAGAAACUUCUAAUUAGUGUCGCUACAAAAGGAGUGGUCAAGUUAUUCAAUGCGGUUAAUAAGGCACAAAAUCAACAAAAAGGAUUGAAUCCUUCCAAAUCUAAAGAUGCAAAAGCUUUAGCGAAACAAAGGAAAAAGACAUUUCUAUCAGAGUUGAAGAAGUCAACAACUACUACAUUCAACUCAUCACAGGAUACCCAUUUUAAUAAAACCAAUGAAGAAGAACUUGGAUGGGCUCCUUUACGUGAUGGUUAUAUGCUGACUAGCUCAAAGUUGAAGGACUGGGAUAAAAUGGAGGAUUCUGCCUCUAUUGGUGGACGUACAAACAUGCCAUCUGAUGGAAGCUCUUCUGAUGAGGACUAGAAUGAAGUGUUUCUACUUCUGCAAUGAAGGUAAAUUUGAAAUAUUGUUUGCAUCGUUUAUUAAGGUUGGAUCGGCUCAUCUCAGCGAAUUGAUUGAAUAUUGUCCUGCACCUGAAGUAAUCUUGAACAAACCACCCCACAGCUGAUGCAACUACAAAUUUAAUACGACAGCCCAUAAUCCGCAUUUUUUUUUUUUUUUUUUUUUUGCAGGAGAAUUUCGCUUGUAAUUUAGCACUAUUUUUUAUCCUCUUCAAUUGAGUUACGUAGCUUUAGAAUCUUGUCACUGCCAAAUUUUGUAGUAAUAUGUAGCCUUUAUUUAUCACUGCCAAAUUUUGUCAAAAUUAUCAGCAGCCGUUUAGGGUUUUGGCUUUCACUUUCCCCAAAAUAUUAAAAAAAAAUGUAUUAUUAUUAUUUUUUUAAUGAAGUCCUGCUAAGUUAUUGAAAUUCUUUUUAUAUGUAGAUAUUGUGUUUAAUUAUGAAUGCAAGCAGGGUGAAAUUUAAGCUUA